GUAAUCGAAAUCAAACCUUGACGACAAGAAAGAAGUGUCGGCGACAAGUCGUUAUCUUAUUUUAGUUGUUUUUCAAUUACAAAAGUGUAUUUUACUUAAUUAUUUACCGUGUGAACAUGUUGAUUGCAUGUCCAUCAAUUGGAUAAUAUAAAUUUCAACUUUUUAGUUAAGUAAAACGACCAAAAUCGUGUUCUUAUUUCGGCUAAAAUCAACGUGAAUCGGGCGUCGACCGGUCCAUCCCUCCUACCCGUAACCGUCGCCGCCGCCUUGUGCUGUCAAUCGGCCGCUAUCGUCAUUUUGUACGUAUCAUCACCGUGCGCGGUCACGGCAAUCGCGAGGCAAGAGAGCAACGCCGUGUUUGUAGCAAUAAGUAGGAACGUGUGUUGUGGUGUGCCGGUCUUAGUGACCGUUUAAUGUGGUAUCUAGUGUCGGUGUUGAGCUGUCGUACGGGCCGCGCGGCGUGAUCAGGCGGCGCGAUGGUGGACAUGGAUAGGAACGACCCGGAGCUGCGGUACUUGUCGGUGGAUAGGAACAGCUUCAAUGACCCAGCCACACAGGCGGAAUGGACGCAGAAGAGGCUGGUGUGGGUGCCCCACGAAACCCAGGGCUUCGUGGCGGCUGGGAUCAAAGGGGAACGGGGUGAUGAGGUGGAGGUAGAGAUAGCGGAGUCAGGGAAGCGUAUCCUGGUCCCCAUAGAUGAUAUACAGAAGAUGAAUCCACCCAAGUUUGACAAAGUUGAGGACAUGGCUGAGCUGACCUGUUUGAAUGAGGCCUCCGUAUUGCACAACAUCAAGGACAGAUACUACUCUGGACUGAUCUAUACAUACUCAGGCCUCUUCUGCGUGGUGGUGAACCCUUACAAGAAGCUGCCCAUCUACACGGAGAAGAUCAUGGAGAGGUAUAAGGGCAUAAAGCGCCACGAAGUGCCUCCUCAUGUGUUCGCCAUCACAGACACAGCCUACCGUUCUAUGUUACAAGAUCGAGAGGACCAGUCAAUCCUGUGCACGGGAGAGUCAGGCGCUGGUAAGACAGAGAACACGAAGAAGGUGAUACAGUACCUCGCGUACGUCGCCGCCUCAAAACCUAAGGGAUCCGGCGCGGGACCGACACCACAGUUGAUUAUAGGCGAACUGGAACAACAACUGUUACAAGCCAAUCCUAUUUUAGAAGCCUUCGGUAACGCCAAGACUGUUAAAAACGACAAUUCUUCUAGAUUUGGUAAAUUCAUUAGAAUAAACUUCGACGCGUCAGGUUUCAUAGCGGGCGCGAACAUCGAAACGUACUUACUCGAAAAGUCAAGAGCAAUCAGACAAGCGAAAGAUGAGAGAACAUUCCACAUAUUCUACCAGCUCCUCGCCGGAGCCACCUCACAGCAGAGAGCUGAGUACAUCCUCGAAGACCCCAAGAGUUACCCAUUCCUGUCUAACGCGGCAUUACCAGUCCCUGGUAUUGAUGAUGCAGCGGAGUUCCAAGCGACCAUCAAGUCCAUGAACAUCAUGGGCAUGAACAACGAAGACUUCAACUCGAUAUUCAGGAUAGUAUCCGCGGUACUCCUGUUCGGAUCUAUGCAGUUCAAGCAGGAGAGGAACUCCGACCAGGCCACGCUGCCUGAUAACACUGUCGCGCAAAAGAUCGCACAUUUACUUGGUCUUUCAGUCACAGAAAUGACGAAGGCAUUCCUGAAGCCUAGAAUCAAAGUUGGUCGCGAUUUCGUCACGAAAGCACAGACCAAGGAGCAAGUAGAGUUCUCAGUGGAGGCCAUCGGCAAGGCUUGCUACGAGCGCUUGUUCAGAUGGCUUGUCAACAGAAUCAACCGCUCUCUAGACAGGACCAAGAGACAAGGAGCUUCCUUCAUCGGAAUCCUCGAUAUGGCUGGUUUCGAAAUCUUCGAACUCAACUCAUUUGAACAGCUCUGUAUCAAUUACACGAACGAGAAACUCCAGCAACUCUUCAACCACACUAUGUUCAUUCUCGAACAAGAAGAGUACCAGCGUGAAGGUAUCGAAUGGAAGUUCAUUGAUUUCGGACUCGAUUUGCAACCGACAAUCGAUUUGAUCGACAAGCCUAUGGGUAUCAUGGCGUUGUUGGACGAGGAGUGUUGGUUCCCGAAAGCGACAGAUAAGACAUUCGUUGAAAAGCUAGUCUCAGCCCACUCCGUCCAUCCCAAAUUCAUGAAGACUGACUUCCGUGGAGUUGCUGACUUCGCAAUCAUUCACUACGCUGGCAAAGUGGACUACUCAGCUGAGAAGUGGCUUAUGAAGAACAUGGAUCCCCUGAACGAGAACGUGGUGUCGCUGCUGCAGUCGUCGCAGGACCCGUUCGUGUGCCACAUCUGGAAGGACGCGGAGAUCGUGGGCAUGGCGCAGCAGGCGAUGACGGACACGCAGUUCGGCGCCAGGACCCGCAAGGGCAUGUUCAGGACAGUCUCACAGCUAUACAAGGAACAGCUCACUAAACUGAUGGCGACGCUCAGGAACACUAACCCGAACUUCGUAAGGUGUAUCAUUCCCAACCACGAGAAGAAGGCUGGAAAGAUCGAAGCGCCUCUAGUUCUCGACCAGUUACGUUGCAACGGUGUGCUCGAAGGUAUCAGGAUCUGCAGACAAGGUUUCCCCAACCGUAUUCCCUUCCAGGAGUUCAGACAGCGCUAUGAGCUGCUGACUCCGAACAUCAUUCCGAAAGGAUUCAUGGAUGGAAAGAAGGCUUGUGAGCAGAUGAUCGAGGCUCUAGAGUUAGAUCACAAUUUGUACCGCGUCGGUCAGUCCAAGAUCUUCUUCCGGGCUGGUGUACUGGCACAUCUUGAGGAGGAACGGGACUACAAGAUCACUGACUUGAUAGUCAACUUCCAAGCGUUCUGCCGAGGCUACCUUGCUAGGAGGAAUUACCAGAAGAGACUGCAACAGCUGAACGCUAUCAGAAUUAUUCAGAGAAACUGCGCCGCCUACCUCAAGCUAAGGAAUUGGCAAUGGUGGAGACUUUAUAUCAAGGUGAAGCCGCUGCUGGAGGUGACCAAGCAGGAGGAAAAGCUGACGCAGAAGGAAGACGAGCUCCGCCAGGUUCGCGAGAGACUGGACACACAGCUGAAGAGAUGCCAGGAGUACGAACAGAAGUACCAGCAGGCUAAUGCUGAGAAGACACAGCUUGCUGAGCAGUUGCAGGCUGAGUUGGAACUAUGUGCGGAAGCAGAAGAAAGUCGUGCCCGUGCGGCGGCCCGCAAGCAGGAGCUGGAGGAGUUGCUGCACGACCUGGAGGGGCGUAUUGAGGAGGAGGAGGAGCGCUGCAACGCGCUGCAGCAGGACAAGAAGCGUCUGCAGCUCAACAUACAGGAUCUAGAGGAACAACUAGAAGAGGAAGAAGCUGCGAGACAGAAGCUGCAGUUAGAGCGCGUACAAUGCGACUCCAAACUCAAGAAGUUGGAGGAAGACCUGGCUCUCAGCGAGGAUACCAACCAGAAACUCGUCAAGGAGAAGAAGAUCUUGGAGGAGCGUGCGAACGAUUUGUCACAAGCUUUAGCCGAGGAGGAAGAGAAGGCGAAACAUCUUAGCAAGCUCAAGACUAAGCAGGAGUCCGCCAUUGCAGAGCUUGAGGAGAAACUACUUAAGGAUCACCAAAUGCGUCAAGAGACGGACCGCGCCAAGCGAAAGUUGGAGACGGAACUGCAAGACGUGAAGGAACAGCUCGCUGAGAGGAAGGCGCAGCUUGAGGAGUUGCAGAUUGUGCUAACUAAGCGCGAGGAAGAGCUAGCCGUGGCGAUCAGCCGCGCGGACGAGGAGAGCGGGCUGCGCGCGGCGGCGCAGAAGGCGGCGCGCGAGGCGGAGUCCGCCCUCGCCGACGCGCACGAGGACCUCGACGCCGAGCGCAACGCCCGCACCAAGGCCGAGAAGCUGCGCCGCGACCUCAACGAGGAGCUGGAGGCGCUCAAGAGCGAGCUGCUCGACUCGCUCGAUACUACUGCUGGUGAGUUGUACUGUACCGAGCGCAACGCCCGCACCAAGGCCGAGAAGCUGCGCCGCGACCUCAACGAGGAGCUGGAGGCGCUCAAGAGCGAGCUGCUCGACUCGCUCGAUACUACUGCUGGUGAGUUGUACUGUACCGAGCGCAACGCCCGCACCAAGGCCGAGAAGCUGCGCCGCGACCUCAACGAGGAGCUGGAGGCGCUCAAGAGCGAGCUGCUCGACUCGCUCGAUACUACUGCUGGUGAGUUGUACUGUACCGAGCGCAACGCCCGCACCAAGGCCGAGAAGCUGCGCCGCGACCUCAACGAGGAGCUGGAGGCGCUCAAGAGCGAGCUGCUCGACUCGCUCGAUACUACUGCUGGUGAGUUGUACUGUACCGAGCGCAACGCCCGCACCAAGGCCGAGAAGCUGCGCCGCGACCUCAACGAGGAGCUGGAGGCGCUCAAGAGCGAGCUGCUCGACUCGCUCGAUACUACUGCUGGUGAGUUGUACUGUACCGAGCGCAACGCCCGCACCAAGGCCGAGAAGCUGCGCCGCGACCUCAACGAGGAGCUGGAGGCGCUCAAGAGCGAGCUGCUCGACUCGCUCGAUACUACUGCUGGUGAGUUGUACUGUACCGAGCGCAACGCCCGCACCAAGGCCGAGAAGCUGCGCCGCGACCUCAACGAGGAGCUGGAGGCGCUCAAGAGCGAGCUGCUCGACUCGCUCGAUACUACUGCUGGUGAGUUGUACUGUACCGAGCGCAACGCCCGCACCAAGGCCGAGAAGCUGCGCCGCGACCUCAACGAGGAGCUGGAGGCGCUCAAGAGCGAGCUGCUCGACUCGCUCGAUACUACUGCUGGUGAGUUGUACUGUACCGAGCGCAACGCCCGCACCAAGGCCGAGAAGCUGCGCCGCGACCUCAACGAGGAGCUGGAGGCGCUCAAGAGCGAGCUGCUCGACUCGCUCGAUACUACUGCUGGUGAGUUGUACUGUACCGAGCGCAACGCCCGCACCAAGGCCGAGAAGCUGCGCCGCGACCUCAACGAGGAGCUGGAGGCGCUCAAGAGCGAGCUGCUCGACUCGCUCGAUACUACUGCUGGUGAGUUGUACUGUACCGAGCGCAACGCCCGCACCAAGGCCGAGAAGCUGCGCCGCGACCUCAACGAGGAGCUGGAGGCGCUCAAGAGCGAGCUGCUCGACUCGCUCGAUACUACUGCUGGUGAGUUGUACUGUACCGAGCGCAACGCCCGCACCAAGGCCGAGAAGCUGCGCCGCGACCUCAACGAGGAGCUGGAGGCGCUCAAGAGCGAGCUGCUCGACUCGCUCGAUACUACUGCUGGUGAGUUGUACUGUACCGAGCGCAACGCCCGCACCAAGGCCGAGAAGCUGCGCCGCGACCUCAACGAGGAGCUGGAGGCGCUCAAGAGCGAGCUGCUCGACUCGCUCGAUACUACUGCUGGUGAGUUGUACUGUACCGAGCGCAACGCCCGCACCAAGGCCGAGAAGCUGCGCCGCGACCUCAACGAGGAGCUGGAGGCGCUCAAGAGCGAGCUGCUCGACUCGCUCGAUACUACUGCUGGUGAGUUGUACUGUACCGAGCGCAACGCCCGCACCAAGGCCGAGAAGCUGCGCCGCGACCUCAACGAGGAGCUGGAGGCGCUCAAGAGCGAGCUGCUCGACUCGCUCGAUACUACUGCUGCUCAACAAGAACUCCGCACAAAGCGCGAACAAGAAGUAGCAGUACUGAAGCGUAGCUUGGAAGAGGAGGCGGCGUCACACGAAGCCACACUGGCAGACCAGCGCCACAAGCACUCGCAGGAGUUGCAGCAGCUCAACGAACAGCAUGAACAGAUCAAGAAGGCUAAAGCUGCUCUUGAAAAAGCCAAGCAAGCGUUGGAAGCUGAGAACGCGGACCUCGCGACUGAGCUGAAGAGCGCCAGCGCCGCCCGCGCCGAGGGCGAGCGGCGCCGCAAGCAGGCCGAGACACAGCUCGCCGACCUCGUCGCCAAGCUGCAGGAUGUCGAGAGAGCCAGGUCGGAGGUAGCAGAGAAGUGCGUGCGUCUGCAGAGCGAGGCGGAGGCGGGCGCGGCGGCGCUGGAGGCGGCGGAGCUGAAGGCGUCGGCCGCCGCCAAGCAUGCCGCCACCACCGGCGCGCAGCUCGCUGAAGCACAGGCUCUCCUAGAAGAGGAGACGAAACAGAAGCUGUCGCUACAGACCAAGCUGCGCAACAUCGAGCAGCAGCUGGAGCAGGCGCGAGACCAGCUCGAGGAGGAGGAGGAGGCCAAGAAGAACCUGGAGAAACAAGUGACCGGGCUAACAGUCCAGCUGGCAGAAGCGAAGAAGAAGGCUGAAGAAGAAGCGGAGAACGCGGCCGCGCUCGAGGAACAGCGCAAGAAGCUCAGCAAGGACGUCGAGGCGCUGCACCGACAGAUCGAUGAGCUGCAGCAGGCGAAUGACAAGUUGGAUAAGAGUAAAAAGAAGAUUCAGGCAGAGCUUGAAGACACGAACAUCGAGUUGGAGGCACAACGCGCCAAGGUUAUGGAGCUUGAGAAGAAACAAAAGAGCUUCGAUAAGGUGGUAUCGGAAGAGCGCGCGAUAGCGGAGCGUUAUGCGGCCGAACGUGAUGCGGCCGAGCGCGACGCGCGGGACAAGGAGACGCGCGUGCUGUCCCUCACACGAGACCUUGACACUGCUGCCGAAAAGGUGGAAGAAUUAGAGCGCACGAAACGCCUCCUGCAAUCUGAGCUCGACGAGCUGGCCAACACGCAAGGCACGGCUGACAAGAACGUGCACGAGCUGGAGAAGGCCAAGCGAGCGCUCGAGUCGCAGCUCGCUGAGCUCAGGGCGCAGAACGAGGAGAUCGAGGACGAUCUGCAGCUCACUGAGGAUGCUAAGCUCAGGCUGGAGGUCAAUAUGCAAGCGAUGAGGGCGCAGUUUGAAAGGGACCUGCAGGCCAAAGAGGAGCAAGGCGAGGAGAAACGCCGAGGCAUUGUCAAGCAGCUGCGGGACUUGGAAGCCGAGCUGGAGGAGGAGCGCAAGCAGCGCGCGGCAGUGCUCGCCAUGCGGAAGAAGCUCGACGCCGACCUCAAGGAUGCUGAGCAGGCGCUGCAUCUUGCUAACAAGGUGAAAGAAGACGCUGCAAAACAAGUGAAGAAACUCCAACAGCAGCUCAAAGAAGCGGCUCGCGAGGCGGAGGAGGCGCGCGCCGGGCGCGAGGAGGCGGCCGCCGCAGCCCGCGAGGCGGAGCGGCGCGGCAAGGCGCUGGAGGCGGAGGCGCUGGCGCACGCGGAGGAGCUGGCGGCCGCCGAGCGCGCGCGCCGCCAGGCCGAGGCCGAGCGCGACGACCUGCUCGACGAGCUCAACAACACCGCCGCCAAGAGUACACUUCUCAUCGAUGAGAAGAAACGUCUGGAGGCGCGGAUAUCGGCGCUGGAGGAGGACCUCGACGAGGAGCAGUCCAACAACGAGAUACUUAACGACAGGCUCAGGAAGUCACAGAAUCAAAUCGACCAGCUGACGAUGGAGCUGGGCACGGAGAAGUCUGCCACGCAGAAGCUGGAGAGCGGCAAGCUGGUGCUGGAGAGACAGAACAAGGAGCUCAAGGCCAAGCUCGCCGAGCUCGAGACUGCCGCCAGGACUAAGACUAAGGGCGUAAUCACCUCCCUGGAGCUGAAGGUAGCCAACCUGGAGGAGCAGCUUGAAGCAGAGUCUCGCGAGCGGCUGGCGCAGCAGAAGGCGUCGCGCAAGCUCGACAAGAAGAUGAAGGAGCUCGCGCUGCAGCUCGACGAGGAACGACGCCAUGCCGACCAGUACAAGGAACAGAUCGAGAAGAUGAACGUCCGCGUGAAGGCGCUGAAGCGUCAGCUGGACGAGGUGGAGGAGGAGGUGCAGCGCGAGAAGGUCGGCAAGCGCAAGGCGCAGCGCGAGCUGGAGGACAUGCUGGAGACGCACGAGACCCUCACGCGCGAGUGCAACAACCUGCGCAACAAGCUCAGACGAGGCGGCGGCGGCAUCGGUCUGUCGGGCGCGUCGUCGUCGUCGCGCAUGAAGCGCACGUCGCUGGCGCCGGGCGCCGGCUCCGGCGACGAGUCCUUCGACGACGUCAACGACACCACCAACAGCGUCGAGUAGCCGCCGCGCCACCGCCGCGCCACACCCACGCCACCGCCGCGCCGCCCCGCCUCUAGCUCGGCAACACGACGCCUCCACGCUUCAAAGUCUCUCACAAGCGAAACAUGCGCGUUUCUAUAUCGUGUUGCUGAACUAGGAUCGAAACGUACACGGCGACGGUGACGUCACGACCACGUGACUGCUACAUGUAACAGCUUAUGUGAAGUUCUGUGUUCUUCUGUCCAAAUGCAUGCGUUUUACACCGCAAUAGUCUUUUGACGUUAGUUAGAAAACCUUGUCAGUUUCAGACUAUUGUGGAGCCUUCUCAAUAAGCAUGUAGCGAGAGGGUAAACGGCAAUAUUGGUAGUAUGAAACACAUAUUACUUAUAUUUGUUUUUAAUAAUAAAUAUUGUCAAACGUGAUUAAGUUUCAGUUUAGUGACUUUUUGACCUUAGGCUAAGUAGUUAUUUUUUUGAAAUUUAUUGUUAUUAUUACUUCUUUCUUCAACUUUACGACGUACUUAAUUACUGAAGAAUACAUGUUCACACUACGCUCUUACAUGUAGCUACGUUAAUACUACAAUCGUAUUUUUGUACAUAAAAUCUUGGGUGAGGGAUUAUAAUAUAACCCCGAGUUCACUUUAGCUGUCACAUUGAACUAACAUGAAUGUGAUGUAAGACGUUGUACAUUCGCUUGACAAACUUACGAUUGUACGCGAGUGGCCCAUAAGUCAAUGUAAAUCGAGUUAAUGUAUGGAUAUAGCGAACAGCUGAGAACGCAUAGGCUUUUGUAUCUAAUAUACGUUUUCUUUCAUUGUAUAAUAUUAUAUAUGUACGUGAAAUUUUAUUGUCAUUAUGAAAUAUUUUGAGUACAUUUUUUUCUGUUUUAGGUGUAUGAAUAUGUACGCUAAUUUAUACAACGAUAUAUUUUGUAAAAGCAUGAAAAAUUUUCAACAGAACCUAUGGCGCUUUAUGUACGGUCACGACUUACUAUUGGCGUACACGUUCGUACGUCUAGAACACCACUGAAUAACGCGGGUGCUCAAUUUACACUAAAUAAAUUGCAUUUAAACAGUCGAAUCUCUGCAAAACAAUAGCAAUUGGUGAUAAACCCCAUCCCAGUAUUAAACUAUACAUUCCUUACAAUCGAGAUUUUCACUUUGCCCAGACAAAGUCGGACGGGUAGAUUGUUAAAUUACUCAUUGGGUGAUAUUUGUAAUGAAAUUUUUUUAAAGUAUUAUUAAAUUGUGGCAAAAUAUUACUUAUACUGUUUGAUGAUUGCAUUUAAAACGCGACUGAGUAACCAAGACUGUUGUUGCGAUUAUUGACUCCCCUCCACAAUCAUUUGUACCGUUUGCCGCCACGUUCCGCCGCGGCGUGAGAGCGCUCAGCACUCGCCGACGCCUACUUUUGAAAUCAUUUUACACGUUGUCUCUCGCCCCAUCCGGUGCACUGAGCGGGCCCGCGUCGCGGCACCGACAUCUAUACAAUGUAAAUAUAAUCAGUGUCAAUCACUGAGCGCUUAGUUGCCAUACAAAUUUUAAUGAUAGUUGAUAAGUAAACUUGUGAGCUUUUGAUGUGAUGAGGUGUGACGGCGACCUCCGCUCAUUAAGCCUAGUUGACUCAAACUAAUCAUGGUCGGCUCAGUCUUUUAAAAUUAUAUUGAGCACAAAAUAUAAUAACUUUCAAACAGCCAAUAUAAAGAGUUUUGUGCAAGCAUUCUUGCCCAAGAUUCUGAGCUGUGUGGAGUUGCACACGUUUUGAUAAGGAACAUGUAGGCGGUGAGCGAGCCGGCGUCACAUCUUAUAUUAAGUGUUUAACAAUAAAGUCCACAUCUCCGUAACCUAACAUCUUGAAUGUAAAUACACCUGGCAGGUGGUGUCAUGUAAAUUGUUUACAAAACGGUAUUAUUUGUGUCUGCAGGCGAGGGUUUGCGCUAGAACGGCUUGCUCUUAUAGACUUAGGUAAGACUCGUAGUAAUAAAUUGUGGCCUUAAGUUUUCUUUAUUAUCGACUUAAUACGUAAAAUGGAUUGGAAUAGUCUCUUGUAACAGAGGCCUAGUAACUUGUAUCGUGCGAGCAUUUUUUUAUCAUUAUUUACCAGAGUCUACAUGACCUCUUUUUUAUUCAUUAUUAUAGUUUUCCGAAUAAUAAUAUAAAAUUUAAAUGUAAGUAAACAUUGAAGCAUAAACUUAUUUUACAUAAAUAUUAUAUUUAAUAAUUAACAAUAUUGAUAAUUGUAAAAUUGGCCAUAGGUUGUAACAAGUUAUCAGUUGGCAUGCCAAUUAAACAAUUUUUCAUGAUUUUUA